CCGGCCUCAAGAAUCCUUAAUAGAGGUAGCAGCCCCUUUGACGGCACUGGAGCUUUUGACGUUGUGAUGCAGAGUCAAUGUCCGUGGACGCCUUGCAAAAUGCCCACGCCACUGAGCUUUAAACCCUUGACAUUCUCAACCUUUUCAUUUUCAAAUCAACUGCUUCUCCACAAAAAAAGCAUUGCCUCUAUUAGCUCUACAAGCAGAGGAAUCGUUUCUUACCCUUCUCUCAUGGCCUCCUCACCUUCCGUUUCCACGACACAGAAGGAUGCCUUUUCCACUCAAAACGACUCAACGCGGAAGACCCAACAGCCAUUACAAGUUGCAAAGCGUUUGGAGAAGUUCAAAACCACAAUCUUCACACAGAUGAGUUCGCUUGCCAUCAAAUAUGGAGCAAUAAAUCUUGGCCAAGGUUUUCCCAACUUUGAUGGUCCCGAAUUUGUCAAAGAAGCUGCCAUCCAAGCUAUUAAAGACGGAAAGAACCAAUAUGCUCGUGGAUACGGGGUUCCAGAUCUCAACUCUGCCAUUGCUGAGCGAUUCAAGAAAGAUACCGGGCUUGUGGUGGACCCUGAUAAAGAAAUUACUGUUACAUCUGGGUGCACUGAAGCGAUAGCUGCUACUAUGCUAGGCUUGAUAAAUCCUGGUGAUGAAGUUAUCGUCUUUGCUCCUUUCUAUGAUUCAUAUGAAGCCACAUUAUCAAUGGCUGGUGCCAAGAUAAAGGGCAUCACAUUGUGCCCACCAGCCUUUUCUGUUCCCAUUGACGAGCUUAAAUCAGCCAUCACAAAGAAUACUCGUGCAAUUCUCAUCAACACUCCACAUAAUCCAACUGGAAAGAUGUUUACUAGGGAGGAGCUUAGUACUAUUGCAUCACUUUGCAUUGAGAAUGAUGUACUAGUUUUCACUGAUGAAGUUUAUGAUAAAUUGGCUUUCGAAACAGAUCACAUUUCUAUGGCCUCUCUUCCAGGAAUGUAUGAACGGACUGUGACUUUGAAUUCCUUAGGGAAGACAUUCUCCUUGACAGGGUGGAAAAUUGGCUGGGCAAUAGCGCCACCUCACUUGACAUGGGGAGUGCGGCAGGCACACUCUUUCCUUACUUUUGCUACCUCCACUCCUAUGCAGUGGGCGGCUGCGGUUGCUCUCAGAGCCCCAGAAUCCUACUAUGUUGAGUUAAAGAGGGAUUACAUGGCAAAGAAGGAAAUCUUGGUUGAGGGGUUGAAGGCUGUUGGUUUCAAAGUAUUUCCAUCAAGUGGGACUUACUUUGUCGUUGUUGAUCACACCCCUUUCGGCCUGGAAAAUGAUAUUGCAUUUUGUGAGUAUCUGAUCAAGGAAGUCGGGGUGGUAGCAAUCCCAACAAGUGUAUUUUACUUGAACCCGGAAGAUGGAAAGAAUUUGGUGAGAUUCACCUUCUGCAAAGAUGAAGAAACUCUGAAGGCUGCAGUCGAGAGGAUGAAGGAGAAGCUGAAGAGAAAAUGACCCCUUUUGUGUGGGAAUAGCAGUCUGAACUUCGAUAUUUCAAUGAUUGAUGCCUGCAAUGCAAAAUAUUUAUGUGGGAGUUAAGUACCCUUUUUGGGUGGCGAUAAAGGCCAGUUAGUUUGCUAGCAAUUAUCAUUAGAAUAAUAGAGGCAUCCUUUUCCAAAAUCUAUUGAUAUUUAUCGAUUUGAUUAUUGUCUCUCGAA